AUAUCAAAGCGACCACCAGAUUUGACGUCCCUCUCUCUCUCGUGUUGCUUGUUUUAAGAACUCGAAAGCUAGAAACCAACCAAUUCUUUCUCUCUCAACCUUUCCAGAUUUGACGCACUUUUCGUGUUUAAAAUUUGUUUCUAAGCUCGAAACUAACCAAAUAAUAUUUCAUUUAGUUAGAUCCAAGGAAACUAAUCUAUCCAAAACGACUAACCUCUCUCUCUCUUAAUCUCAAUUCUUCAGAGACCAAAUCCAAUUACAAACUAAACUGUAUAUCGAAUGGCAUCGUCGGAGCAGUUAAUGGGAGCGACUAGUGGUCCUCGCUACGUCCAAAUGCAAUCCGAACCGUCAACGACGCCGCAUCACCACCAGCAACAUCAUCAGCCAUCAAUGAUGUCUUCGUUUUUCUCUUUCUCGGGUAUCGCCCCGGAGUCCACUAGAAUUUUCGAGGAGUUGCCAAAGGCUACCAUCGUCUCCGUGUCUAGACCCGAUGCAGGCGAUAUUAGUCCCGUACUUCUAUCUUACACUAUCGAGUUUCAGUACAAGCAGUUCAAAUGGCAGUUAUUGAAGAAGGCAGCGCAGGUGUUCUAUUUACAUUUUGCACUGAAGAGACGAGCUUUUAUUGAGGAAAUUCAUGAGAAACAGGAGCAGGUUAAAGAAUGGCUUCAAAAUCUAGGAAUAGGAGAUCAUGCUCCAGUGGUGCAUGAUGAUUAUGAUCCUGACGAUGACACUGUUCCUCUGCAUAACGAUGAAAGUUCUAAAAACAGAGAUGUCCCAUCGAGUGCUGCCUUGCCAGUUAUUCGUCCAGCCUUGGGGAGACAGUAUUCCAUGUCCGACAGAGCAAAGGUUGCAAUGCAAGAAUAUUUGAAUCACUUUUUAGGAAACUUGGAUAUUGUCAACUCCCGAGAGGUAUGCAAAUUUUUGGAGGUCUCAAAAUUGUCAUUUUCUCCAGAAUAUGGUCCUAAGCUAAAAGAAGACUACGUAAUGGCCAGGCACUUACCAAAACUUCCAAGUAAUGAUGAUUCUGGGAAAUGUUGUGCUUGCCAUUGGUUCAGUUGCUGUAAUGACAACUGGCAGAAGGUGUGGGCUGUAUUGAAACCCGGAUUCUUGGCCCUGCUGGCCGAUCCUUUUGAUGCCAAACCUCUGGAUAUAAUUGUUUUUGAUGUUCUACCAGCUUCAGAUGGUAGUGGCGAGGGUCGAAUAGCGUUAGCAGUGGAAACAAAGGAACGGAAUCCCUUACGUCAUGCAUUCAAGGUCGUAUGUGGUGUUCGGAGCAUAAAGUUAAGAACCAAGAAUGGUGCUAGAGUUAAAGAUUGGGUUGCUGCCAUUAAUGAUGCUGGUCUUAGACCUCCUGAAGGUUGGUGUCAUCCUCAUCGAUUUGGCUCAUUUGCUCCUCCCAGAGGCUUGACUGAAGAUGGUAGUCAGGCUCAAUGGUUUAUAGAUGGUAGUGCAGCUUUCAAUGCUAUUGCUUCAUCAAUUGAGGAUGCUAAAUCAGAGAUAUUUAUUUGUGGGUGGUGGCUGUGCCCAGAACUUUAUCUGCGCCGUCCUUUUCAUGCUCAUGCUUCAUCUAGGCUUGAUGCUUUGCUGGAAGCCAAAGCUAAACAAGGAGUUCAGAUAUACAUUCUUCUCUAUAAAGAGGUGGCUCUUGCUCUCAAAAUCAACAGUGUGUAUAGCAAGAGAAAGCUUCUCAGCAUUCAUGAGAAUGUUAGGGUUUUGCGAUAUCCUGACCACUUCUCUAGUGGUGUUUACCUUUGGUCCCACCAUGAAAAACUUGUCAUUGUUGAUCAUCAUAUUUGCUUUAUUGGAGGACUGGAUUUGUGCUUUGGCCGUUACGAUACACGUGAACACAGAGUGGGUGACUGCCCUCCUCUUCUCUGGCCUGGAAAGGACUAUUAUAAUCCAAGGGAGUCUGAACCAAAUUCAUGGGAAGAUACAAUGAAAGAUGAACUGGAUCGUAGAAAAUAUCCUCGAAUGCCUUGGCAUGAUGUGCACUGUGCCCUAUGGGGACCCUCAUGUCGGGAUAUAGCUAGACAUUUUGUUCAGCGUUGGAACUAUGCAAAGAGAAAUAAAGCUCCUUAUGAGGAAGCAAUCCCACUGCUUAUGCCUCAGCAGCACAUGGUUAUUCCACACUAUAGGGGAAGCAGCAGAGAGUUGGAGGCUGAAAUUACGGAUGUUGAAGAUGAUUCUAAAGUAAUUAAAAGGCAGGAUUCCUUUUCCUCUAGAUCAUCUUCACAAGAUAUCCCCCUGCUUUUGCCUCAAGAAGCUGAAGGGCUAGAUGAUUCUGACGGAGGCCCAAAAUUAAAUGGGUUGGACUCUCCUCCUGGGAGGAGUCUCUCUCUUGCUUUCCGAAAAUCCAAAACUGAUCAUGUUGGUGCUGAUAUGCCAAUGAAAGGCUUUGUGGAUGACCAUAGUGUAUUGGAUCUUCAUGCAAAAAUGGCUUCAGAUUUAUUGCCACAGAAUGGGACGAAAACUUCAGAUUUAGAUUGGUGGGAAACACAGGAACGGGGAGAUCAGGUUGGUUUUCAAGAUGAAACUGGGCAAGUUGGUCCCCGUACUUCUUGCCGUUGUCAGGUUAUAAGGAGUGUGAGCCAGUGGUCUGCUGGAACAAGUCAAGUUGAAGAGAGUAUUCACUGUGCUUAUCGCUCUCUCAUUGAGAAAGCAGAACAUUUUAUAUAUAUUGAGAAUCAAUUUUUUAUAUCAGGUCUUUCUGGAGAUGAAAUUAUAAGGAAUCGGGUUUUAGAAUCAUUAUAUAGGCGUAUUAUGAGAGCAUACAAUGAUAACAAGUGUUUCAGGGUUAUUGUUGUAAUACCUCUGAUUCCUGGUUUCCAGGGAGGUUUGGAUGAUAGUGGUGCUGCAUCUGUGAGAGCUAUAAUGCAUUGGCAAUAUAGAACCAUUUGCAGAGGGCAUCGUUCUAUAUUGCAUAAUCUAUUUGAUGUUCUAGGACCAAAAACACACGAUUAUAUUUCUUUUUAUGGUCUUAGAGCUCAUGGUCAACUUUUUGAAGGUGGUCCAGUAGCCACCAGUCAGGUAUAUGUGCAUAGUAAAAUCAUGAUUAUUGACGAUUGCGCAACUUUGAUCGGAUCUGCUAAUAUUAAUGAUAGGAGUUUGCUCGGUUCACGAGAUUCUGAGAUUGGCAUACUUAUCGAAGACAAAGAGUUCGUUGACUCAUCAAUGGGAGGGAAGCCUUGGAAAGCUGGAAAAUUUUCUUUAAGUCUCCGCCUUUCGUUGUGGUCUGAACACCUUGGUCGUCAUGCCAAAGAGAUGAGUCGAAUAAUGGACCCAAUAAUUGAUUCAACUUACAAAGACAUGUGGGUUGCAACUGCAAAGACAAAUACCACAAUCUACCAGGACGUCUUUUCCUGCAUUCCCAAUGAUCUUAUACACUCCAGAGCUGCACUUAGACAAAGCAUGGCCUUUUGGAAGGAUAAGCUUAACCACACGACCAUUGAUUUAGGAAUUGCCCCUCAAAAGCUUGAAUCUUACCAAAAUGGAGAGAUUGAAAAAACUGAUCCCAUGGAAAGAUUGCAAGCAGUACGUGGACAUCUUGUUUCUUUGCCUUUGGAUUUCAUGAGCAAGGAAGAUUUAAGACCUGUAUUUAAUGAGAGCGAAUAUUAUGCAUCUCAUGUUUUUUACUAAUCAUGGAGUAGUUGAUGAUGGUCAUCUAAAUUAUUGAUCAGCAGCCCCACCCCCACGCCAACGUUUGAGCUUGGAGUGGAAAUCUAUCAUCUGCACCGUCAGCUAUAGGAAAUGACGCCUGUCUUUUUUCACAAAAAUUUUAACCAAAUUUGCAUUAUUUUUUUUCUUUGAAAGAAAAAUGCAUAUAGAUAAAAACAGAGAGUUUCAGGUAAAUGUAAAGGAAAAUAGGGGUCUCUAUUUAUGUUCGCCUCUCAAGGAGUGUAAUAUUAUGACCACUGUUGUACCAAAUUUAAAUUUAUACUUUCAAUACUAUUUCCUUUCAUUUUUUGGGAA